AUGAACUUCUUCAAGACGAAGCCGCGCACGCCGCCAGACCUCGUUCGCGGACUGCGCGAUGCUGUACCUCGCCUUGAGGCAAGCGCGCCGGGCGGGGAGUCGAGGAGAAAGAACUUGCAGCAGAUCAAGGGCAUCCUCAUAGGGGACGGUGACCCGCUGCCUGAACUCGUCGCCCAGCUCGCGCAAGAGACCUACAACACCGACUUGCUACAUGUACUCGUGCAGAACAUGGGCCGGCUCGAGUUUGAGUCGCGCAAGGACGUCGUCCAGAUCUUCAACCACCUUCUCCGCCGGCAGAUCGGCACGCGGUUCCCGACCGUCGAAUACCUGGUGUCGAAGCCGGACAUCCUGUUCGCGACACUCGCAGGUUACGAGAACGAGGAGAUCGCACUGAACACUGGGAUGAUUCUGAAGGAGAUGUUGCGGCACGAGCAGCUGUGCAAGAUCUUGCUAUACUCUGACCAAUUUUACAAGUUCCCGCACUACAUCGAGACGACUACAUUCGGCAUCUCCUGCGACGCGUUCGCGAACCUCAAGGAGACGCUCACGCGCCACAAACCCAUGGUCGCGGAAUACCUCGAUAAGAACUACGAUCGGUUCUUCUCCUCCUUCACCACCCUCAUCCUCUCAAACAACUAUGUCACGAAGCGUCAGUCACUCAAGCUGCUCGGCGAGAUCCUGCUCGACCGCGCGAACUUCAACGUGAUGACGCGCUAUAUCGCGAACGAGGCGAACCUCAAGAUGAUGAUGAACCUGCUCAGGGAUAAGAGCAAGAACAUACAGUUCGAAGCCUUUCAUGUAUUCAAGGUCUUCGUGGCCAACCCCAAGAAGCCGCCGCAAAUCGAGGCUAUUCUGCGGAGAAACAAGGAGAAGCUCCUUGUGUUCUUGCGCAACUUCCACAACGACAAGGAGGACGAGCAGUUCAGCGACGAGAAGCAGUUCCUCAUUGUACAAAUACAAAGCCUGUAG